CACACACACACACACACACUCACACAUUCUCUCUCUCUCUCUCUCUCUCUCACACACACACACACACACACACACACACACACACCGGAAGCCGCUGGUCAGAAGCGGAGGCGGCGGCUGAGGCUGAGACCGAGGCCGAGGCAGGCCGCGGCACCCCCAGUCCCCGAGUGUCAGUGUCCCUUCUCACCGCGGGGCCGACCGGGCCGGUCGCCAUGGAGCCCGGGGCGGCAGAACUGUACGACCAGGCGCUGCUGGGCAUCCUGCAGCACGUGGGCAACGUCCAGGACUUUCUGCGGGUGUUGUUCGGUUUCCUUUACCGCAAGACCGACUUCUACCGCUUGCUGCGCCACUCGGCGGAUCGCAUGGGCUUCCCCCCCGGGGCGGCCCAAGCCAUGGUGCUGCAGGUGUUCAAAAACUUUGAGUACAUGGCUCGUCAAGAUGAUGAGAGGAGAAGAAAGGAACUUGAAGAGAAAAUGAGAAGAAAGGAAGAGGAGGAGGCUGCUGCAGUGGGAGCUGCUGAAAAAGUACCAGUACCAGCUCAGGAGGUGGAGAUAGACUCUGCCGUAGAGUGUGGCCCAGCCGCAGGGGCUGCUGGACAUCAGGAAACAAAGAGGGUGAAACCCUCUGCACCUCCAGGGGCUGAGCAGGAGGCAGGUCACAGUUCUACAGAGGCAGAACCUCCAGCAGUAGCUGUGGCUGAUGUUCCAGUUGAACCACCAGCCCUUCCCAAGAGACAGGAGCAGUUCCAGAAAAACCCCGACAGUUACAAUGGUGCUGUACGUGAGAACUACACCUGGUCUCAAGACUACAGUGACCUGGAGGUUAAGGUGCCUGUGCCCAAGCAUGUCCUGAAAGGAAAGCAGGUGUCUGUGGAUCUCAGCAGUAGUUCUAUCCGUGUGGCAAUAUUAGAAGGGAGUGGGGAACGUGUUCUAAUGGAAGGGAAAUUCACCCAUAAAAUCAACACUGAAAGUUCUUUAUGGAGCCUUGAGCCGGGGAAAUGUGUCUUGAUUAAUCUGAAUAAGGUUGGAGAGUACUGGUGGAGUGCUAUCCUGGAAGGAGAGGAGCAAAUUGACAUUGACAAAAUAAAUAAGGAACGUUCAAUGGCCACAGUGGAUGAAGAGGAACAUGCUGUACUGGAUAGACUGACCUUUGACUACCACCAAAAACUACAGGGCAAACCCCAGAGCCAUGAGCUGAAAGUCCAUGAAAUGCUGAAGAAGGGAUGGGAUGCUGAAGGCUCCCCCUUCCGAGGCCAGAGAUUCGACCCAUCCAUGUUCAACAUCUCCCCAGGGGCUGUGCAGUUUUAAUGACAAGAAGGAAAAGAAACUCACUCGAGUCAAGCAUUUGGAAAUAGAGAAUAAGGCAGAGAGAGGCCUUUUUGUGUGGGCUCUUUCCCUCCUGCUUUUCCUCCAUGACUCCCAUGCAUGCCUGGGACUCAUCUUGUCCACCCCAUAUCCAUCUUUCUUUUCAAGGGGUGUUCGGAUACUCCAGCCUCACCCCCUCCUCCAGACCCUUCCUGGCUGUUUGAGGGAAGAAGGGGGGAAAGUAGAGGGAAGGUUAAUGCAUAGCAACUGCUAUGGCUGAUGCCAAGUUAGGAGAUUUGUUAUGCAUGAGGGAGAUGCCCUAGCAAAUACAGGAUUACAUACUCCCGUCACCACGGUAACCAGCCACUGCAAGCCGCAUUUUCUUUCCUUCUGUGUUCUCUGCUUGCUGUUGUUUUGGUGCGAUUCUGCUCAGUUCUCUUUAG